AUGAACGUGGUUGAAAGGGCAAAAGCGGGGUCACAACUUUUGACGCGGAAGUAUGAGCCGCGAUGUUUUGAACACGAGUUACGCAGUGAGAGACUUACCACAGAAGAUGGUUCAGAAAUAAAACUUCUGGGCUUUUGGAGUUUGCUGGUGUUGUCCACAAUAGCUGGAAUCUCGUGCUGCAGCUUCUCUUGGACCUUGACUUACUUUGAUUCUUUUGAACCUGGCAUGUAUCCCCCAUCACUGCUGUCUCCUGCAAGACAAAGAAAGAUGACGGGCCGCUCCUUCCACAUCGGCUACAGCAUGGCGAUCCUGAACGGCGUCGUGGCGGCUCUCACCGUCGUCUGGUGCCUGUCGUGAGCCGCGGUCGACCGCCCCUCUCAGUAAUCGCAUAAAACCGGCUCUACGCAUCGCACUUCCUGCUUCUUACUCACGCAAACAUGCGAAAAAAAAUCCAUAACGUUUUCCCUCUCUCUUCUCGUCAGACGUAUCAAUUGAUUCCCACACAUGUCUCUGUGAAAUCGAAUACCACUAUUCUUCCACUGCUGUUAGCACUGCGCUUAUUGUGGUUUACAGCUUAGGUUACAACACUGUCUGAAGUUUAAUGUUUUUUUUUUAAAUCUAAAAAUAAUGGAAGGAAAAAAUGUAUAUGUACAUGUGCAUAUUCCAGAAAGAAUACAGGGAAAGGACUCUUGGUUAGUGGGCGUUUGUUGUCUUAAAGUGCCUUUAAGGUCUGUAAUAAUUUUUCAGAUCAAAUUGUUUUUUCUUAAUGCUUCUGCCAAAGAUUUUUACAGAAUUGCUUUGUUAAGAAAAACUAUUACGAAAUAUUAUAAUGUUUGAGUCACAAACUGUAAGUAUGCACAUUUUAGAGUACAGGGGAUUGAAAGCUGUGUGAAAUUCAAAGUUGUAACACAUAGUAACCCAGAAGGGCGGGAAAAGUUAUUUUAAAGAACUUCUUGGUGAAGAAAACUUCUCUUUUAUAUUUUGCUAUAGAAUCUGUGUCUGUAUAUUAACUUAUAAGAUUAGUUUUAUUAUUGUUACUGGGGAAUUUAGCCACUACUUUAACUGGGUAUAUUUAUUACAGUCUUAAUCGUGACUUACGAUCUUUCAGUUCUGAAAAAAAUAAGAUAAAAAACACUGUUUUAGCAGGUGUUCAGCAUUGUUCUAAUCAGGAUCGUUAUCUAAUGACACUUACCUAAUGUAGUCCGAUAAGUACUCAAGUCUCUUGUUUGAUUUUGUUCUGUUGUAGUGUAACAGGCCAGGUGGUUUUAGUGUGAGUUUUAUCUUUGUGUGCCCUGUUUGAUCUACUCUCAGUAUUUGUUUUACUGCAAGUGUUUAUCUUGAUUCCGUUCAGACGCAAGAGGGUCAUGUAAUGAAUCACUCCCAGAUUGAUUCAGUUUGAUGGGGUGCAACGGAAAAGCUUCAUGGUUUUGUCAGUUUGAUGUUUCGAAUUUAUGUUGAAAUAAAGUCACUGAUAUUGCUCACUUUAUAUUGAAUAAAAAAAGCAAAGCGA